UGUACCUAUCUAAUAACGCAAAUUGUGUGUGCUUAAUUUUAUCUAAUAAAACUACGUGGUCAACUCUAAAGUCGCUGUAUUCUUUAACAUCUUCUACACCAGGCAGAGCAUCACAACAUCUGUGUGCGACAUGGUCCUUCGAAGCCGGCAUUAAGAAGAGGUUUUUAAGAAGCGCCGACCAACGAGUUGCGAUUUUUCUGAGAGUGCGAUUUUACGACGUGCCGUCUAUACAGCCGUCCACCCAAAGAAAAAACCCACGAGAAAAUUAUUGUGGAGACUGCGAGUUCCAGAUUUGGUCCCUAUUUGUUCCGAAUCCAGUCUUUCAAAACGACAAGGAGCAUACCGAGAAGAAAGCAAAAUUAAUUUCAAGAAAGUCAUCCUCCAUUUUGGUUUGGUAUCAAGAAAUUAUUAUACGACCAAAUCAACGCUGCCAGCAAAUUAUUUGUCAUCUCGUUCCUACAUCUAGGUAUUCAACAGGAGCAAGUGAGAAGCUACGCAGUGGAAGUCACCUAACGUUGCAAGCGGACUUGUCUUCGCCUACGAUACCUCUCUCGCUCUAUCGAGCGAUACUUCGUUUAGGGUGAGUGAGAAGCAAGAUACGGCUACACGGUGCGACGACGGACUCCUGCGGCGUUCCACAAGGAAGAGCGAGACACAACGAGCUGUGCCAGUGCGAGUGAGCGAGACGAAAAGAGACGCUUAGUUUAUAAGUACGGUAUUUGUUUUUCAUUCAGGAACCGCCAUUUUAAUUUACUUGUUCUUAUGAGUGCGUGUUUGCUGACGAUAUUUUGAAAAAUAAUACAAUUUACAGUUAGAAUUGUCUAUAAACAAGUUUACUUAAUAGUUAAUAUAGUUGGUAACGAAAUUGUGAUACAAUGGAUGUGGAAAAGGCAAGUGAAAGUCCUCCUAAUCAGGAUUUAAAAAAGUUAGUGUCAACCAGAGGAUAUAUAAAAGAUCCGACAACCGCUCGUGCUUUCCAACUCGAGCGUGAUGCGAACGUGGACCCUACUGUCACCAAGCUCCUCGAGUUCUUAGAGAAACAGGCGUUGGCUAUGGAGAACACGGAGCUGGCUUCAUGGAAGCCAGUCAGCCAGCAGCCAGUUACAGUCAACAUAGCGCCAGUGGAGACCAAGCAAGGAUGUCAAUACUGUAAGUGCACAGAUCAUAAAAUUUAUUCUUGUAAAACAUUUAAAACUCUGCCCUCAGCGGAGAGACUCACCUUCGUGACGAGUAAAAAAUUAUGUAAAACAUGCUUAAAUGCUCAUCCAGGCAAAUGCAGGUUCCAUUUUAAAUGUGGACAAUGUAAAUUGAAUCACAAUACUUUGAUUCACCACAAAGAGAGGCCUAUGACCGAUCCUGUCAUUAUGUUGUCUGGCAAAAAUAAUAAUGUUUUACUUCCCACAGUGCGUGUCAAGCUGAUUGCUCGAGAUAAUAGAGAGGUGCAUAUUAAAGCCAUCUUGGACUCCGCCUCUCAAGCAUCACUUGUCACCAGCAAGGUCGUGGAUAUAUUGGGUGUGGCACCUAUGCAAGACACAAACCAAAUUAUAGGUGUCACAAAUUCAAAAAGCAAUGUAAAAUACUCAGUGCCCCUAGAGAUUCACUCAUUGAAGUCACCAUAUAAAACUUCCAUCAAUUGCCAUGUAGUUGAUGAAAUCACAUGCAGGUUACCCCAAACCAGAAUUAACCCUUCCACCUUAGUCAUUCCAUCAGACAUAGAAUUAGCAGAUGAGGAGUACUACAAACCAUCAGAUAUUAACAUGCUAAUCGGUGCCAAUGUGUUUUUUCAGGUGAUUCAACCGACGUCACCGUCGGCGCAGGUCCAGCGGCAGUGCAGCGGUACCUGCGACGCGGCGGCGGCGGCGGCGGCGCAGCCACACCUGUCAACGAGUAAUCCCGGCCCCUGCGAGGCAUGCCAGCAGGACGGGGAGGCACCACGUAUUCUCAAUACUAAAUUCGGUCAUAUCAUCGCAGGCAAUAUACCUGCACAACAUGAGGUAACCAAAGUUGUUUCUCUUUUAUGCACCAAGUGUGACUCGGGCAUUAAUGACACAAUUAAAAAAUUCUGGGAGACUGAAUGUGUCCCUGAAAUCUUUAAAGAAGUUUCCUCAGAGCAUGAGAUUGUUGAAAACCACUUUCAGUCAACUGUAACAUUAGAAAACAACAAAUUUCAGGUAGACUUGCCUUUAAAAAUGCCAAUAUCUGAGGUUAAUGACACAUUGGGUGACUCAUUUGAUUUAGCACUGUAUAGGUUUUUAAACCUCGAAAAAAAAAUUGCAUAAAAAUGUUAAUUUACUCACAGAGUACACAAAAUUUA